UUCUUAACUUUAAAAUUCACUUUAGAACUCGCCACAAAGGUUUUGUCUUCUGUAUCUUUCUACACUUAUCUUAUAAUAAAUUAUAUUGUGAUCUGGUUAAACAUCAAAGGUGUGAAGGAUUUACUGAUGCAGCUUCAUCAUGUACUUCAUGAAUUAAAGAAUAAAAAUGAAAUCGCUAUUAUAGAAAAAUAUCACUGCCUAGUGAAACGUUAUGCGGCUGCAUUUAUAAUUAUCGUAUUCAGCAUGCUAUAAAUAUUAACGUUCGACAAAAUAUAACACUCGAGAAUAAGAUUUUGAUGACCGAGGGCAUAAUUUGUGCCGUCGAUAUUCAUCGUCAAGCUAUAAAAUUGAAUAAGCACUUAAUGUCAAUAUUCAACAUAAUGCUGAUUUUCUUCUUAAUGUGUAAUGUGGUUUGUCUGAGCCUCAACUUGAUUCAAAUAGCAUUAUCUGAAGGAGACAUUAAGAAUCUCUUACCACCAAUUUCAUUAGCGUCAAUAUGCAUCAUGUACAUGUUUGUAGGCAAUCUAUUGGGACAGGCUAUAAUUGAUCACAAUAAUCACGUAUUUAUUACUGCAUAUAACGUCCAAUGGUAUAGAACUCCUUUACAUAUACAGAGAAUGAUAUUAUUCAUACUGCAAACAGGAAGAAAGGAAUUUUAUUUAACUAUCGGUGGAGUGUUCGAUGCAUCUAUUGAGGGUUUUGCGACGCUAUUCAAGGCCUCGAUAUCUUAUUUCACUGUCAUAUAUUCUGUACAGUAA